AUGACUAUUAACAUCAAUGUCAAAUCGUCAACUGGCGAUAAGUUUGCUAUUGAUGUCGAGACAACAAUCACUGUAGCAGAGUUCAAACAAAUGAUCAAUGAGAAGUCUAGCAUCCCACCCGCUCAACAAAGAAUCAUCUACUCUGGUCAUGUUCUCAAGGAUCACCAGCAAUUGUCCGAGUACAAUAUCAAGGAUGGACAUACAGUACACUUGGUAAAGAGUGCUGUGCCACCAGCUGCACCACCCUCAUCAGAACAGGCACCAAAUGCAAACACACAGCCAACCAUGCCAACACUGCCUGGUAUGCCAGCCAACGUCAGCCAGAUGAUGAACAACCAGAUGUUCCAGGAUGCUCUCAACUCUCCAAUGUUCCAGAACAUUAUCGACAAUCCAGAGAUGUUCAGACAGAUGAUGAUGAGCAAUCCAGAGAUGCAACGUGUAAUAAGUAAUAACCCAGAGGUUGCUCAUGUUUUGAAUGAUCCAAGAAUGAUCAGACAAUCAUUAGAGAUGAUGAGGAACCCAGAGCUGAUGCGUGAGAUGAUGAGAAAUACAGACAGAGCAAUGGUCAACAUUGAGAAUCACCCCGAAGGCUUCAAUAUGUUGCGCAGAAUGUAUACUGAUGUUCAAGAACCAUUGAUGAACGCUGCUGCAAGCCAACAACACCAACAACAGCAGAACAACCCAUUCUCAUCGUUGUUCCCUCAGAACGCUCCAUCAGACACUCCUCUGCCAAACCCAUGGGCUCAGCCAGCAGCUGCAACAGGUGUACAACCACGACCAGCUGGUACCACCACACCAGCACCAGCAACUGGCGGCAACACAACAACCAGUCCUACACAGCAGAGCAACCCGUUCAACAUGUUUGGAAACAUGGGAGGUGGCAUGGGAGGCGGCAUGGGAGGCAUGAACGGCAUGGGUGACAUGGCAGGCAUGCUCAACAAUAUGGAUCCAGCUCAACUGACAGCGAUGAUGUCCAACCCCGCUAUACAAUCAUUGAUGUCCAACCCAGAGCAGAUGCGACAGAUGGCCGAGAGCAACCCAAUGUUGAGACAGAUGCUUGACUCUAACCCACAGAUGCGCGAGAUGAUGUCAAGACCAGACUUCUGGUCCAGGAUGUCAAACCCCAACACUCUACAGGCUAUGAUGCAGAUGCAGCAGGCCAUGGGCACACUCAGACAGAAUGGAUUCUUUGGUGAGGGUGGCGAUCCCAUGUCGAUGCUGGGAGGUAUGGGAGGAAUGGGCGGCAUGGAUCCAUUUGAGCAUACUGGCACAUUUGGCGCCCCACCAACAUCAGCAUCAGCUCAGCUGCCACCUGCCGAGCGAUUCAGCGUCCAGCUCCAGAAGCUGCAAGAGAUGGGCUUCCCCGACGAGGUAGAGAACAUCGCAGCCCUCACAGCAACCAACGGUAAUGUCAAUGCUGCCAUCGAGCGUCUACUUAACAACUAA